GUUCCAUUUGCUGAGCAGCACCAUGGACCAGAUGAGCAGCCGCGCGGCCCCGGGCAGCCCCUACGCCCCGGAGCACGCCGCUAGCGCUAACUUGCCCACCCACUCGCCCUACGCGCAGCCCAGCUCCACCUUCGACACCAUGUCGCCCGCGCCUGUCAUCCCCUCCAACACCGACUACCCCGGCCCGCACCACUUCGAGGUGACCUUCCAGCAGUCGAGCACAGCCAAGUCGGCCACCUGGACGUAUUCUCCUCUGUUAAAGAAGCUUUACUGCCAAAUCGCCAAGACGUGCCCCAUCCAGAUCAAGGUGUCCACCCCGCCGCCUCCGGGCACUGUCAUCCGCGCCAUGCCCAUCUACAAGAAGGCGGAGCACGUGACCGAGGUCGUGAAGCGCUGCCCCAACCAUGAGCUCGGGCGGGACUUCAACGAAGGACAGUCUGCCCCCGCCAGCCACCUCAUCCGCGUGGAGGGCAACAACCUUUCGCAGUACGUGGACGACCCCGUCACCGGCAGGCAGAGCGUCAUGGUGCCCUACGAGCCCCCGCAGGUGGGGACAGAGUUCACCACCAUCCUGUACAACUUCAUGUGCAACAGCAGCUGUGUCGGGGGCAUGAACCGGCGGCCCAUCCUCAUCAUCAUUACCCUGGAGACGCGGGACGGACAGGUGCUGGGCCGCCGGUCCUUCGAGGGCCGCAUCUGUGCCUGUCCUGGCCGAGACCGCAAGGCGGAUGAAGACCACUUCCGCGAACAGCAGGCCCUGAACGAGAGCGCUGCCAGGAGCGGGGCUGCCAGCAAGCGCGCCUUCAAGCAGAGCCCCCCUGCUCUCCCUGCCCUGAGCACCAACGGGAAGAAGAAGCGGCACGGGGACGAGGAAACCUACUACAUCCACGUGCGGGGCCGGGAGAACUUUGAAAUCCUGAUGAAGGUCAAGGAGAGCCUGGAGUUGAUGGAGCUGGUGCCCCAGCAGCUGGUCGAGUCCUACCGGCAGCAGCAGCAGCUCCUGCAGAGGCCACCCCAGCUGUCCCUUCCAAGCAGGGGCCACCUGCAGCCUCCGUCCUAUGGGCCCGUCCUCUCGCCCGUGAGCAAAGCGCACGGGGCUGUCAACAAGCUGCCCUCCGUCAACCAGCUGGUGGGCCAGCCUCCCCUGCACGGCUCGGCGGCCGCGCCCAGCCUGGGGCCCAUGGGCCCCGGGAUACUCAACAACCACGGCCACGCCCUGCCAGCCAACGACAGGGGCAGAGGGAUGUCGGGAGUGAGCAUCCAGCAGGUGCUCGGAGGGAGAGCAAAAAAGCCAGGGGUUCCUGGAGGCUGUGCCCCGUUUUUUAACAGGCUUGGGGUGUCCAAACUGCAUCGAGUAUUUCACCUCCCAGGGGUUACAGAACAUUUACCACCUGCAGAACCUAACGAUAGAGGACCUGGGGGCCCUGAAGAUCCCGGACCAGCACCGAAUGACCAUCUGGAGGGGCCUCCAGGACCUGAAGCAGAGCCACGACUAUGGCGCGCAGCAGCUGAUCCGCUCCAGCAGCAACGCGGCCACCAUCGCCAUCGGGGGCUCGGGGGAGCUGCAGCGGCAGCGGGUCAUGGAGGCCGUGCACUUCCGCGUGCGCCACACCAUCACCAUCCCCAACCGCGGGGGCCCGGCUGGGGGUGCGGGGCCCGACGAGUGGGCCGACUUCGGCUUCGACCUCCCAGACUGCAAGUCCCGCAAACAGUCCAUCAAAGAGGAGUUCACGGAGAGCGAGGCCAACUGAGGUGGGGCCGGCACAUCCAGGGCCCCCCUGACCUGGUGCUAGCGACCCAGAGAGCAGAGAGCCCCGGGAGCCGUGCUGGAUGUCUGCUUCCUUUUUGUCACCAACUGCCUUGGGAGGCAGGACCUCUGGGCUCUGCCGGGAAAGGGACUUGGGCAGGGGGAUGCCCCUGAGGAGGGGCUCCCGGAGCUGCGCUGAAGAUGCGCGCCCAGGACCCAUCCUCCAGGGGUCCGGGGGGCCUCCCCCUCCCUGCCUUGCCUUCCUGGGGGCUCUGCUGACCGACUGCCAAAAAGUAUUUUCCGAUGCUCUGGCUCUGGGUAGCAACGCGGCUCGGUGCUCGUACCUAGACACUCCUGUUCUCGGGUCAAGGUUCCAGACCACAUCUCUGCCUGAGGCUGUCCCUCUGCUGGUCUUGAGGGUCAGUCUGCCCUUGCACACCUGACCGCUGGUGCAAAGCCUACUGCAGCCACCUCCCACUUCCUGCCCCAAACAAAAACCAGAGUUUCACUGGAAUCGGGGAGGCAAGGAAACUCCUGGUCGGCGGCCUCCAGCCAGCACCCAUGCCAGCACCACUGGCUACAGCCCGUCUCUCCAGUGGCCGUCUUGGCAUAGACCUGGACAGCAGGCUCCCCAGACCACUGGAAAGUGUCAGUAUUUGAUAAAAUGACGCCCUUUUCUACAUGGUGGGUGAGGCUUUUUUUUAAUUAACUUCUGUUCUUAACAUUCACGUUGGGUCAGCCUAGCGGGAUGCCCGUCUUCCCAGGCCUGUGUAAACAAGAUGGGCUAAGAAAGCCGAGGGGCAAACCAGGCGGGGUGCACACCAGGCAGGGGUAGGUCACUUGCUUCCGCGUGCGGGACGGGAGGCAGGCAUAGGAGGGCAGAGCCCACCACCUGCAGCCGUGGCCCCACUCUGCUCCCUGGGAGGCCGGCUCUGUGCGGGAGAGGCCCUCCUGUCCUUGAGGGGACAGCACUGAGGCAGAUGGAGGGGAUCCAGGCCUUUACGGGACACCCCAAGGAGUCAGCGGGCUGGGGGGGGACAGCGUCAGCACCCUAGCUGGUGGGGACGGGACAUUUCCAUCUGCAAGAAGCCUUCUGAGCUGCUGUAGCCAGAGAACUUCAGGGCCGGAAACAAGACCACAGAGGGUGGUGGGAGAGGGGAUGAAGCAACGCCCCUUGCUCCAGGCAGGUGGGAUGAAGGGACUCCUGACUAAUGUGUGCGCUGAGACGCUGCCUACUGCUUUCGUAGCAUUUCUCUGUCCCUCACUCUGCCUGGGUCGCUGUGGUUAGUCCUGCGGUCUGGGCCCUGCUGUCCAAGGCCCCCAGGCCAGGGGGCGGUGCAGAUGGAGCCCUAGUCGCCCUUUGGGGGUUUUCCUGUUGCUAUAACCACCCCCUCAAGCCCCCGGCCCGGGGAGGUUAGGAAGCAGCGGACCUCACACAGGUCCACUCAGAAGCCGAGCUCUCAAGACUGGGUGUUCAAGUUCCAGUUCCCUUGUUAGGUUCCCAGGCUCUUCAGAGGCGGGCACUGGGCAGAGAGAGGGGUGUCAGCUGUACUAAGUGGCUCAGGGACCAGCCAGCAGGGGACGGAGCCCCAGGGCCAGCUCUGCCCCUGACCUGCUGGCAGGAGGCCUCCAGACCAGAGCUUCAUCCUGGACAUCGAGCGUAAACACUGCGCAGCAGCUCUACUUAUUUGAAAAAGCAUUUGUGCGAAGGCAGGUGCCUGUGUCCAGGGUAGCACCCCCUCCCCCCACCAUGCGCUCCCUGGGGACCCCCUUGGGGGCGGAAGGGGGUGUCCUCAGCACCCAGGAGGCCCCGCCUGCAGCCAGACCUGAGAGCCACAGGGAACAGACCAACCGCCCCCUGGGAGGGGGGGCGGGCUCAGCUCCUGGGGGCCUGCAGUCGCCCGGCAACCCGGACACACGCCCUGGCGGCGCCUGACCGGCCGUUGCGCCGUCCCGUUUCCUCUUGACACCCUCACAAGGCCGCCCGACAAGGAAAGUGAAGCACAGAGCGCUGGCUCUGAGCCCUGGGUCACAGCCGCUGCCGUGGUGUCCGGCUCUUGCUCCAGUGGCACACGCUGGGCCCCCGAGUCGUGCCCCGUUGGGAGCUGCAGGCCCUUCCCCCAGCUCCCCUGGGGCCCACGAACCUGACGGAGGAGCAGCUGAGUGCCUGGGGCUCCCGGGACUGUCCCUCAGGCUCAUCCUGUUGGCUGGUGGGGAGGCCACGGGGGCCCCAGGGUGCUCCCGAAGUCCGGGACGUGCGGGCACGGGCCGGGCGUACCCCCAACCCGGAGGAAGGGGAGACGCAUCCUCCCAGAGGGCCCAGCACAGGCUCCCCGCCCCUUCGGCCCACGUGAUGAGCCCCCGCGGCUCCUGGGCCUUUGCUCCUGGAGCUGACGGUGGAGCGGCCGUGAGAACUGAGCCGGUGGGGACUUCCUCGUGGUUGGAACACGCACAGCGACAGGAGCAAAGACGGGCUGCACGAAACUCAAAGAUCACGAGAAGAUAAACCUGUGAAGAGGCAAGAGGGAAGCGGCCAGGAGAGGGCUGGGCUGGGCCUCAUGGACGCCGGCCGGGCUGAGCACAGCUGCCCCGUCCCAACCGGCUCCUCCCGGCCGCUGGGGGCGGUCACCCUGCCCAGGUUUGGGUGGCUUCUUCAGUGGCCCUGGUCCCCAACAUGCAGGGACCAAGAACGCGGUGUCGCUGUCCCCUCGGACAUGCCAGCCUUGCAGACACAAACACCUGCUUCUGUUUCAUCGGUUAAAGUGCUUUAACGCUUUAAGGUUUAAAAAAACACCCACCCUGUCGUUAACGUCGGGCGAUGCUUCUUCAGGCGGUACUGAUGGAUCUAUCCCAACAAUAU